AACCUCGAGAGCCGAGACGGGAAAGAAAACCACGAGUCACGAACGAACCCGGACAAAGUUACGCUAGCGAUCGACCAGGCUGCCGCCGCCACGUGCCCGCGCGCCCGUCCGACGUGGCGCGGCGGCCGUUCGCGCCCCCCCGCGCAAAUCCUAAAACGCCGCCGAUUCGCAGAGCUCGCAGGAGGAGAGAGAGCCCAAACCCAUCGACGAGCGCAGGCGCACAUCGGAGCCCGAGACCACCACACCACACGUCUCGCGGCUCGGCUCCCUGCUCCUCCUGGAAACCCAGGGUAAUCUCCGCCUCCGCCAUCCUCAUCCGUCUAGCUAUAAAAUCGCCUGCUCCGUCGGUUGGUUGGUUGGCUCGCUCGCUCGUCGCCUCCGCCGUCCGUCCCCAGGAAGAGCGAUCCGUUGGUGACACCCCGCGAGCAUGCUGUCCUUGCGCUGCCACGCCGCCGCGCCGGCGACCCGCGGCGUCGCAUGUGAACAUGGGGCGCGCUCCUCGUGUUGUCCUCUUUCUCCUUUUCGUGUUUCCUUCUGUUAUUGGCGUUGCUCCGCCUCAGAUUGGAUCUGCCGCCGUCCUUACCAUAUCGUAUCGUAAUCCCUGCAGGUUUCCUCUCCGGCGGAGAUAAAUAAGAUCGACGGAGGGAGAAAAAAAAAAGGAUUCUUGAAGCGACUGCGGCGGCCGAAUAGGGGAGGCGCCUGCGUUCUCGGCGAUGAAGUACGUCUCCGGGCCGUACUUCGAGCCGGACUUCGAUCCGCUCCUCGACCGCUUCGGCACGCCCGGGGUCGUCGUCGACAACGAGACGCGCGAGGACUGCACGCUCGUGAAGGUUGACAGCGUGAACCGGGACGGCGUGCUGCUGGAGAUGGUGCAGCUGCUCACCGAUCUCGACCUCGUCAUCUCCAAGUCCUACAUCUCCUCCGACGGCGGCUGGCUCAUGGAUGUGUUCCACGUCACGGACCAGACCGGGCGCAAGCUGACCGACCCGUCGCUCCCCGAGUUCAUCCAGCGGGCGCUCGUGCCGUUCCACCGGGCCGGCAACGGCCCGUCGCCCAGGUUCACGACGUGCCUCGGCAACGUGGUCGGCCCCGGCGGCCCCGACGUGUCGGACUGCGCCGCCCUCGAGUUCACGGUGCACGACCGGCCGGGGCUCCUGUCGUCCAUCACCUCCGUGCUGGUCGACAACGGGUGCCACGUCGAGUCGGGGCAGGCGUGGACGCACAACGGGCGCGCCGCGGGCGUGCUCUACGUGACGGCGACGGCCGACGGCGCCGCGCUGCACCCGAGCCGGUGGGCGCGCAUCGAGCGCCUGGUGAACGCCGUGGUGGACGCGCGCGAGAACGUGACCGGGGAGCGGCACUGGGUGCGCGUGUCGGAGCCCGUGCAGGGCCGCGUCCACACGGAGCGCCGGCUGCACCAGCUGAUGCACGACGACCGGGACUACGAGUCCGGCCCGGCCCCGACGCCCGUCGACGAGGAGCUCUUCAGCAUGGGCGACAAGGCGGCCACCGCCCGGACGGCUCGCCGCGCGGAGACCCGGGUGUCCAUCGACAGCUGGGAGGAGCGGGGCUACGCCGUCGUCAAGAUGACGAGCAGGGACCGCCCCAGGCUGCUCUUCGACACGGUGUGCGCGCUCACCGACAUGCACUACGUCGUCUUCCACGCCACCGUCGGAUCCCAGGGCGCCCUUGCCAUUCAGGAAUACUACAUCCGGCACAAGGACGGGCGCACGGUCGACAGCAACGCCGAGCGGCAGAAGGUCUCCCGGUGCCUCGUCGCCGCGGUGGAGCGGAGGGCCACGCAUGUCAGGCUCGACCACCCCUCUCCGUCGUUGUACUUGGCGGGCGCCUCACUAACACAGGGCGUCGCGCAUUGGCAUGUCGUGCAGGGCAUGAGGGUGGAGGUGCGCGCCGCCGACAGGUCCGGGCUGCUCUCCGACUUCACCAGGGUAUUGCGGGAGCACGGCCUCUCGCUGCUCAGAGUCGAGCUCAAGAGGCACAAGGACGAGGCCGUUGGCAUCUUUUACCUCGUCACGGACACCGGCGGCGAGGUGCGCACCGAGGCGGUGCGCGCCGUGCAGGCCAGGGUAGCCGAGAUGGACGUCUCGCUCGACAUAGUCAAGGAGGCCCCUGGCUGGCCGCCGGUGAGGAAGACCAGCGUGCCGGCCCCGCCUGCCGCCGGGCAGCAGCAGGCCCAGCAGAGGCCGAGACCUUCCCUGGGGAGCCUUCUAUGGUCACACCUCGGGAAGCUCUCAAAUAACUUCAGCUACAUCAGAUCUUGAAAACAGUUGGCAGAACAAUCCAUCUGUUGUUCUGCGUAGCCGCUUCCAUUGGUACCUCAUUUCCAGCAACUUCCUGGGCCCGAGGUAGCAAGUGUGAAAAUGCCGGGAAGCAGUGAAAUUUUUGUAUACCAAGUAUAGCAUGUUGUAUUGCACAUAAAUCCUCGUGAAAUUGAUGAUCAUUCUGCUCUUUUA